AUGAUGCAAACACCAAUAGUUAAAAAUGAUGGAUCCGUUGAUGUUUCACCCCGAAAAAUACCCGUUACUUCGACUGUGAACUCGACAUAUGUUCCAUCUACUAUUUCAUUUUUCGUCUUACGUCAAGUGGAUUCAAUGGACGAUUGGAAAAUACAAGUGCUCUUUGACAAUGACUUUAAAUACGACCUGACUUCUACCAUUGCUUUACCUCGUGCGACAAUAGGAUCCAAAGGUGAACAGAAUGUAUGUGUGUAUCACUCAAAUAUUGAUGUAUAUUUGAACGAUAGUGGAGGUAUUCUCCUUGGCAACCGUCUUAUUCGUACCUAUCGACUUCGUAUAUCUCAGUCACGAGCCAUGACUCCAACAAUACAUUAUGAGGAAAACUUCGCGCGAGAACUUGUGUUAAACCCAUCGAUAUCACGUCAGUUUCUAUUCAACGUUCAUUUCGAAAAGGGCGUAUAUAUGUUACAAGCCCCUGGUACAAAUAUUUCAGGAAAAGACGUGCCGUUCUGGAAUCAUCUAUGUAUUUUCACUUACUUUCUUAUCAACAAGAAAUCUUACGAAGCAUUCGAAUCUUUUCAUGAACAAUUUGCAAUUGCUAUUAUCAACCAAAGCCGAACACUUUCACCUGAAAAUUUGAAUGAAUUCUUCAAGCUGUGUCGUAAUCACUUUGCAGCCAUCGAACGUAUCAUAUUGAACGAUCUAGAAGCACUAAAAAUUCUUGUUCGUAUGAUGUCUCCUCUGCUCAUCAAUCGAGAGAACAUGCUCGUUCAAAGUGAAGCAGCUCAAUUAUUCAUUUCAAUUCUUCUCAGACAUAUAGCAGAAGAUUUGCAAGCUAUUUGGAUAGCAAUCGUCGAUUCUGUAUGGACAUCAUUUCGUGAAGGCUUGAUAAAUCUUUNUCGAAAAAUCACUACGACUGUUGAUGACUUAUAA